AUGCUAGCUUAUGAAGCAAAGUACAGCGAAUCACUACAAGGGUUCAUCGACCUGACUAUUUAUGACAAGAACCACGAUGUCGGGGGAACGUGGCUUGUUAAUCGAUACCCUGGCGUGGCAUGCGAUGUUCCAGCGCACAUAUACAUUUUUCCUUUUGAGCCAAAUCCAGAUUGGUCCAGCUUCUAUGCUUCAGGGCCAGAAAUCUGGGCCUAUAUCAAGAGAACUUCAGAUAAGUAUGGCUUAGCUGAGAAUGUCAGAUUUCAAUCGAAAGUGACAGAUGCCAUGUGGAAUGAGGGUACAGGAAAAUGGAAUCUGAAGUUAUUUCAAGAUGGCGAGGAAAAAGGGGACGAGUGUGAUGUAUUGAUCGACGGUUCGGGGUUUCUAAAUAACUGGCAUUGGCCUGAUAUUCCUGGUCUCCUUGACUUCAAAGGACAAAUUGUCCAUACUGCGGAUUGGAAUCCUUCUAUCAAUGUGGCAGACAAAACGAUAGCAGUCAUUGGAAACGGUUCAUCUGGUGUCCAAGUCCUGCCGCAUCUGCAAAAGACCGCUGCCCAACUGACAACCUAUGUUCGUACGCCAACAUGGAUAUUCGCCAACUAUGCCUCGGAACUCACAAAAGACGGCACAAACUUUGCCUUUACAGAAGAUGAAAAGAGGAAGUUUCGAGAGAAUCCUGCCUCGCUCUGGAAGUUUCGUAAGGACAUUGAAAACAGCCAAGACAACUUUUGGAACGUCUUCUUCAAAGAGACAUCCGCUCAAAGAGCCGCUCUCGAGAAUGCAUACAACCGUAUGCGAGAACGUCUCGGCAACGACAAGGAGCUGUGCGAGAAGCUAAUUCCAGACUACGAAUACGGAUGUCGACGCCCAACACCAGGCGAUAGUUACCUUGAAGCUCUUCGUCAGGAUAACACACGUGUCACUUUCGAUCCAAUCGUUCAGAUCACCGAGUCAGGGAUUCAAACUACACAAGACUAUACUGACUUUGACAUCAUCGUCUGCGCGACCGGUUUUGACGCAAGUUUCCGCCGCUCGUGGACGGUGCAGGGGCGGAAUGGUUAUCAGCUCCAUGAAGCGUGGGGGGAGUCACCGGAAGCGUACUUUGGGGUUGCAGCGGCGAAUAUGCCGAAUUACUUUAUCUUCAUUGGACCGAAUAGUCCAGUGGGCCAUGGCUCGCUUCUAGACAGCGUGUUUUGUGUCGCCAAAUGGAUAUUGAAGUGGUGUAGGAAGAUUGCAACCGAAGAUAUCAAGUCAGUAUGUGUGAAACAGCAGGCGCUGGAUGAUUACAACGUCUACCUGCAAGAACUGCUCAAGCGGAUGGUGUGGACUGGCUCAUGUCGAAGCUGGUACAAGAAUCGUAAGAAAGAGGGACAUGUUACCGCAGUGUAUGGUGGAAGCCGCCAUCACUUUAGAGGUAAAGUGUUCUCUCGUUUCCUGUCAACAUUUAGGUCCACUUUUACUAAUCUUAGAUGA